GUGAUCAACUUCCUCGCAGAUAAGUUGUAGAAGAAACGAAUUCAUACGGCUUAGAAAUUUGUGGAUACUUGAGGUACAUGGUGACAAAAGUCGGACAUGAUAUCUCCGAACCAGACUGGAACACGGUGGAUCAUUACCCUAUGAUUGUCAGUAAUACAACUGGUGUCCCGGGUGAAGCGGCCAAUACCACCAACACCACCAUGGCAGGAGAUGGCAACAGUACCAAGGAAUUCUACAUUGGUGUAUCGUUAGCUGUUAGCUCCAGUCUCUUCAUUGGCUCUAGUUUUAUCUUCAAGAAGAAAGGGUUGCUAAAGCUUGCUAAACAGCAGUCAACCCGAGCUGGAGCUGGUGGAUAUGGAUAUCUGCGAGAGUGGUUGUGGUGGGCCGGGAUGAUCCUGAUGAUUGUUGGAGAGUUUGCCAACUUCACCGCCUAUGCCUUUGCCCCAGCUACGUUGGUCACCCCCCUUGGAGCUCUCAGUGUUCUUGUCAGUGCAAUGCUGGCUUCUCGUGUCUUGAAGGAGAGACUGAACCUGCUGGGUAAGAUGGGUUGUUUGUUGUGCAUCAUAGGCUCUACUGUCAUGGUCAUCCAUUCCCCGAGAGAGCAGGAGGUGUCCAGUAUGGAGGAGCUACUCAGCAUGAUACAGGAAGCAGCAUUCAUUCUGUUUGGAUUGUUUGUGGUGGUCUCCGCGAUAGGGCUGAUAUUUUGCGUGGCCCCUCAUCACGGUAGCAGCAAUGUGCUGGUCUACGUAACAAUCUGCUCUGUCCUCGGCUCAUUCACUGUGAUGGGCUGUAAGGGACUGGGGGUGGCACUGAAACAGACGUUUAGUGGGCACAGUGAACUGACAAACUGGCUGACCUGGGUGCUUCUCUUAGUCGUCAUCAGCUGUAUUCUCAUCCAACUUAACUACCUCAACAAGGCCUUAGACAUAUUCAACACGUCUGUGGUGACACCCAUCUAUUACGUGUUCUUUACCUCCUCUGUGAUGGUAGCCUCCCUCAUUCUCUUCAAAGAAUGGUACACGAUGAAGGCGCUUGAUAUUGUAGGAAACCUCUGUGGUUUUCUCACCAUCAUUGCUGGCAUUUUUUUGCUCAAUGGCUUCAAGGACAUAAACCUGUCUUUAGCAAAUCUUCCGAAAGCUCGAAAAGACGACCAGCAGUCGAGUUCCAGUGUGAAUGGUAGUCUGCUGCCUAGGCGGCUUGACGACACGCAAACUCUGCUGGGGUCGGACUCGCACAGGCGAGAUGAGGACCUGGAAUCUGAGUACCAUGACAGUCCAGAUAACUACCCACAGUCGACGAGACCAGGGCAUGGCUGAGGAACCAGCUUCUCCCUUGUACAUGUAUGUGUAGCUGCGGAUGUGAAGAUUCGGGUGACGGGACUGUAUAUGAGAGUCCAUCAGCUUAGUCAAAUGACCAAAACCCCUCAAGUACUAUGGUCUAAUGGAUGACAGACAACAGAACGCCAUGUUCACAAUGCUAACAGACUUCCUGAUGAUAAGCUGUAUAUUCGUCAACACAUUCAAGUACACUGCUAUGGUGAUUGCCACUCACCAGUAAUAAUGAAACCAAAUUGUAAAAAAUUAAAAAUCUAUAUUUUUAUAUAAGACAGCUGGGAAGUUGAAUCUUUCUGCUAAUCAUAGGAUUCUGUGGAAACCCAAACAUCGUGGACAAGGGUAUGCUUCAUUUCAUACUGACUUUCAUCUGUGUUUACAUUAAAGGCUGUAGAUCACCACUGAAAUACUUGCUCUAAUGUGGCAUACAUGUGAUAUAUGUGUGCAUAUCACUGAGCUAUGUCACUGUGUGAGAUGUUUUAGGGGGAAAGCAAAAGCUUAUGAGCAUUCUAACUGUUCUGGGACUUUAGCCUCAGUGUAGGUUUUAAGUGCUAUGUGCAGGCUUUUUCUCACAGAUGACCCUUGUGUCUGGGUAGAAACAUAAUGGUAGACCUAUACAGAA